CAAAUUCAAGUCUCCCUCUUAAACCCUAAAAGUAGAGUCUUUGCUCUCUGUAACCACCGAGUUCGACUGUGCGAGUGUGUGAUCACCUGAAUCUCGAUCAAUCAACGAUUUCCACAAAAAUCUGUUUUUUAGGGUUCUUAAUUUCCCCUUUUCACAGCAAAGACAACCACAUUCAAGAUUCGAAGACAUUGUUCAGUUUUGCAUCAAGAUUAUAGACAGAUGGCGCUUCAAUGUGCGAAGAAGGAGGCUUACUUUGUUCACCGGCACCGCAAAGAUCCCAUUGGUGAUAAUGAUGAUAUUCAUAGUGAAAAUAAACGCUUGAAGGGGAAGAUAAUGGAUAUUGAAGAUAGGCUGUUGACACUUGAACAACAGGUUGCCACAUUGAAGCGGUUGCAUAAGGUAGUUGAUGACCUAGCUGCUAAGAAGGAGCCUGACUUUGGUUUCUAUCUCUGCAAAGAUCCCGUUGAUGAUAUUCGGAGUGAAAAUAAGCGCAUGAUGGAGAAGAUGGUGGAACUUAGUGAUAGACUGUUGGUACUCGAGCAUGAAUUUCCCCUAUUGGAGAAGCUGUGGUGUAAGGAAGUUGUUUAGUCUGUCAAGGAAGUAGAUGACAGAACCACUCAACCACCUGUUGAAAAGCAAGCUAAUAGUCCUUUUUGUAAAGCAAUCCUACUAUUAACCUGUAGCACUUUGAUCUGCGGUCUUUCAGAUGUAAAAGACUUGAUUUUCAAAUAUUUCGAAGUGACUUAGCUUCUACUAUUA